AUGGAACCGAUUGCUCCCGGUGAGGAGCCUGCUGUAGCGCAGCCUGUGGCACACGCACAACAGCCCGUAUCUGAACCGUUUAUGGAGUCUGCACAGCAGCCCGUAUCUGAGCAGCCUAGUGCGCCCGCACUGCCAUCAGUGUUUUCCGAGCAGUCUGCUGCGCCCACACAGCAGCCCAUAUACGCCGAGGAACCCAUCGUACCCACACAGUCAACUGCAUAUUCCGAGCAGCAUAUUAUGCCCACACAACAGCCCACCGCCUUUGCUGAAAACCUUACGGAGAGCUUUGCUGUAACGCAAAUCGAAGAAGACCAGACGAACGAAAACAUUACGGAGCCUGGGACGGAUGCACCGAAACAUACCCCUGCACCAAAGCGUGCGCCUCGUCAGAGCCUGCCUUCGGAAAAAGGCACGACUGUCUUCCCGAUGGCACGCGUAUCCAAGAUUAUUAAGGCAGAUACUGCCGUGGAUAUCUGCAGCAAAGAGGCUACCUUUUUAAUCAGCGCCGCGACGGAAUUGUUUGUGAAAAAGUUUGUCGAAGAAGGGUAUACGAAUGCGCGCUUGGAUAAGCGCAAAAUGAUCCGGUACAAUGACAUGGCACGCGCCGUACAACAAAAUGGCUACUUUGAUUUCCUGCAAGAAGUGGUGCCGAUGCCCGUGCCGCUUUCUGCUGCGCUGCAACGGCGCGAAGAGCUAACCGAAAAAGACGGCGCGCCGAAAGACUUCGAGUUGGAUGUGAGUACUACAGAUGCCGCACCGGACUCCAACGGCCCGGUCGAAGCCGUGCAGACCACCGCCCAGUCUGUGCCUGCCGCCGAAGAGAGCACCGUUCAGGCAGCACUUGAUGCACCGCCCACCCAAUCCAUUGAGGCCCCUGUCGCGGACGCCAGCUACGAGCGCUUUACUUGGUAA